UUUUUUUUUUUUUUUUUGUUUUUUUUUUUUUUUUUUUUUUGUUGAGAAACUGACACCACCAGACGUCUUCCAGAAAACACCAUGUCUACUAGAUCAAAGACCCCUACCGUCGGCCUCUCUGAAGCGGAAAUGCUAGAACGGGCCAGGAAGAGAAAACAGGCCGCAAUUGCUUCCGCUGUGACACCGUCAUCCAUGGGCGCCCCCAAGAUUGCUAGGACGGCGCCUCCGACAGAGACCCCCAAAUCUGCGAAAACGCCUCUUGGAGAAGGGGAAACUUUUACUAUCUCCCUUCCCAAGAACUUCUGUGAAAUCACCGCCCCGACAAUCUUCCCGUCGGCGGAGAAGCUGGCGUUUCCCGCACCCCAGCGUCGCCUAGCCAGCUUGCCCUUGCUCACAGUGGCGAACGAAGGAUUGGCCCUGCAAAUACAUGCGUCACAACAUUCUCUGGCCCUCCGUUCUGCUGCCCUCACUCUAGAGAAGGAGUGCAAGACACUCCGCGAGAAGUUGGACCGGUCCUCGGCGUCGUUGACGGCAGCAGAAAAGAAGGUGGCAGAGCUCUCCGAGGAGUUGGCUAAGGAGAAAGGUCAGAAUGCUAGCCACAUGAUCAGCCUGGCGUCGAUGAAGGAGGAGACGGACGCCACCAUCGCCAGCCUCCGUGAAGAGCUGAUGGACGCCGCUAGCCGAUACACCUGGAAGACUAAGGCAAGGUUGAUGAAGCAGUUUUUGGAAGGGCAGACGUCAAAGUGGACGCCUGAAGCAGACAUUCAGCAGUUCCUGGAAGUUUUUGGGACGCCGGAAGAUCUGAUCCCUGAGGGCGAGAGUAACGCCGACGUCAUGGUGACGGCGGAUUCAGGCGUCAAUGCUGAAACUGACGGCGCCGCUUGAUUCUCACUAGUUCCUGCAAGGUGCUGUGUCACCGAUAAUUGU